AUGUUCUUAUUGUCAAUACCGCAUCAGUCAAAAUCAAAAGUAUGGAUAGCCCUUUUAUUGGUGAUAUGGGGUUUGAUAUCGGUCCACUUUAUAUGGCAAUCACAAGCCAAUUCUGGAUUGAUACUAGAAAAUGAAUUAUCACUGAUAUCAAGUAUUCCCCAUGAGUUUGAAAUGUUAAUAGAUACAAAAUAUCCUAAAUUCAAAGCUACUCUGGGUAAUUCAGGAUCACAAACGUAUGUGAACCUCUUUAAUAAUCAAGAUCGUAAUGCAGCCAUAUUCACCAUCAUGAAAAAUUUUGAUUUGGACCAGCGAUGUCAAUUAUAUUUCAACAAUGUAAAGUUUGAUAAACUGGUAGUUGAUCCCGAUCAUGAUUUUAAGUUUAAUAGAUUUGAUUAUUGGAAUUGGGAUGAAUAUAGAGAUGAAUGCAUUAAGAAAUUGAAAGCUGAUAAUGAUGAAUUUGUUGCAACGAGUAGUGAUUUGGAUACCAUUAAGGAAAAUUUUGAUAAUGCUAAAUCCAGAAUAGUAUCAGACUUGCAAUUAUUGCAUGAUUAUUUCUCACACAUAAAGAUUUAUAAUCAAUGUUAUAUUGACAGGAAUACGUCAUUUAUCACAAAGCAACAAGAAUUGAUCAAUGGGUUGAAUUGGAAAACUUCAUUUAAAGGGCCAAAGAUAUUUUCACUGAAGCAAAUAGUUACAGAACUGCAAAUGUACCCAUGGUUAUCCCAAAAAUCACCCGAGUAUGAAUGUUUGUCAACUGGUAAAAUCGCCGAAUUCUCUACAAGGGGAAACUCAUUUUUAAACACCUUAAAGAAUAAACUUAAUGGCAAGGGAAUAGUAAUGACCAUUGCUGAUUCUCAUUUAGACUAUUGCAUAAGACUAAUUCAUUUAUUAAGAUACCUCAAAAACACUCUUCCAAUACAAAUCAUCUACACUAAGAAUGACUUAUCAGCCAAUUCCAAAUCUCAACUUUACCAAGCAAGUGUUGCAGAUUUUGAUGGGUUACCACUGCAAAAUAUAACUUUUGUCAAUGUGACACCAGCAAUCAAACAACAGUAUUUACAUAAAUUUAAUGAAUUUGGGAAUAAAAUUUUGGCCAUUUUAUUUAAUACUUUUGAAGAAAUGAUUUUCAUUGAUGCUGAUGCAAUUUUAAUUCAAAAUCCCGAAAAAUUUUUCCAAUUGAACAAAUAUCAAAAUUCAGGAGCAUUAUUCUUUCGAGAUCGAAACACACCAGAAUAUCGACCUGAUCAUGAUAUACAGACAUUUUUAAAACUAAUGAACAGUCAAUAUGAUGAAAUAAUAUUUGGUUUACCACAGAUAACUGAAAAAACCAUGUCUAUCCCAUUAUUUGAUAGGAAAAUAAGUCAUGUUAUGGAAAGUGGAUUAGUAUUGCUCAAUAGGAAAAUCCAUUUUUCUCAACCAUUAAUUAUGGCAAAUAUGAAUUUUUUUGAACCAAUACGAGAAAGGGUUUAUGGUGAUAAGGAGAUGUUUUGGUUAUCACUAUCAAUAAAUGGUGAUGAGAAUUAUCAAUUUAAUAGUCAUCCAGCAGCAGCUAUUGGACAACUCACAACUUAUGAAGAAAGAAUAAAAACACUUGAAACCCCACCAUCAUCAUUUAAAUCACAAGAAAUAUGUGCCAACCAUCCAGCUCAUAUAAAUGAUGAAGAUAAUCACACAUUACUUUGGUUUAAUUCAGGAUUUCAAUUUUGCAAUCAAUUGGAGAAAGUAAAUUAUGAUAAUGAAUUUUCAAACAAAGAAAGAUAUUCUCAAUUAAACACUAUUGAUGAGUUUAAAGCAUUUUGGCAAAGUUCUUUGAUUAUAGAAAGUGCUAUUAUUCCACCGGAAAACACCAAUAGCAAUGGAGGCGACAUAAAUGAACCUUCUGCUUCUUGGAAACAUAUGGAUUCAUAUUGUGCUGGAUAUACUUGGUGUGCAUACAGCUCAAUAGGAAAUGGAGAUAAGGCUAAUGAUAAAGGAAUAGUGAUUAAUUAUUCACUGAAGGAAAUAGAACAUUUUAAAAAACUUGGGGAGAUAUGGAUGAGGGGAUAUAAUUAUUCAUAG